GAAAGGAGCCCCCCGACCGUCAAGUCGACUUUUCAACGACUAAGGGCCCGUCCAGGCCGAGCGCCCCGGUUGCAAAAGUUGAGCUCCGCCGCGCGCGCCCUUCGCGCUCCCCUCCGCGCGCUCCUGCGCUCCUCCUCCUCCCCGCCCUCCUUCCCCAAGUUUUCACAGAUGUGGUCAGACUCUCCUCUCCUUCCCGGCUCCUUCUUCCCUCGCGCGCCCCCACCCCCGCCCCGUCCCUCUAAUUUCCGCCACUCGGAGGAGCGCUGGGGGGGGACGCGCCGAGCCGCGGGACGACGCCGCCGCCGCCGCAGGGGGCGAAGUUGGUUUAAAAACUUGGGAGGAGUGCUCGCCUUACUUUGCUUUCCCGCUCCUUUCCAGGCCGCGCCCGGCGGGGUCCGGCUCCGCGCGCGCGGAUCCCAGGGCGCUGCGCUGAGGGGCGGCACUGAGGCCGCGCGUCGGGCCGGGCAGGGCUGGCGCGGGCAGCCGGGAGCCACGCGCUCCACCGCCUCCGCCCCUCCCGGGUCCUCACACAGACACAUCCAGGCCUGCUCCUCCUCUUCCCCCUCCUUGACCCCGCGCCCGCGCGGCGCGCCAGGCCCCACCCACCCGGCAGGAGGAAGGGGCCCGCGGGUGAUGUCACCCGAGCCCUCCAGGCCUGCGCUCCCGCGCUGCCGAGCAGCCGGGGCUCGCGCGCUGCCGGGCGCUUCGCCCAUGCCUCCUCUCUUCGCUCUUCCCCCCCCCAACCCCGCUCUCGGGUUGGACUCCCCUUCCUUCUCUAGAGACCUCUCGGAUCGCCACUGCCCCACCCCCGCACACCUCCUGGUACUUUUCCCUAGGCCAAGCCUGAAACUUCCUCUCGCGGGAUGAUGCUUUUGAAAGUUGAAGACUUUCCUCCCCGUUGCGUUAAACUCCGUUUGGGACGUCUCGCCGUACAGCCUACUGUCCCCGUGGGCCACUUUGCAAAGAACACAAAGACCCGAGCUGGGAACCCGGACUUGAGCCGAGAACCCUGACUUGCACGGGGAUCUUUUCCUUAAGACGCAGAGUGCCUGUCCUUGGUUUCUUUUAAAAGACCCAUGUUACUUCAACCGGCCGGUGCACUCUCAUCUCUCUCUCCCCCAUCCAGGUACUCACCCCAACCUGUAACUUGAAAGGGAGGAUUUCAAGGGGGUGGAAGAAAGAAGAAAACCCAAGAGACAUUCCAGAAUACCGGAGUAAGCAGCUGGCCCACCAGGAGUGCCUGGGUGCUCAGGGUGCUCUGUGGCAGCCGUCUUGAAGGCAGAGUGGGUGGAUGAAUAGCUAUUAUAAUCUGAAGAACAUUUUGAAAUUCACGUGCUAAACUGGGGAAUUUUUUUUUAACGGAAUUGACAGUAGUAUUCGUUAUUUGUUUCUGGUGACUUGUUGCUUAUGACAAAGACAAAAGCAGAGAGUGACUUAAGCUUUCAGUGUGGGGCUCCAGACACUUCUUAGUCAUUUUUAAGCUUUCUCUCCGCUACAACACUCUGUAAGGCAAAAAGGAGGAGGAAGAGUGGAACAUCCGUCACUCAUCUCUGAGUGCAGAAAUAUCAACAAACAGAUGUAGCCCCAACCCUCCCCUCGGUAACUGGCCCCAGGCCCCAGAGUAUUCCCUCAGCCUCUCUAGACUCUGAGCCCACCGAUAGAUGAGUGAGAAAAUGCAGUCCUCCUAAGUCCCGGGACGGCUAUGGCUCUCCAGUGAGAUUAUACCUGCAAAGUUAUAAAAGACGAUAUAGUGUGUGAGAACUAUUUUCCUUUUUGGAAUUUCAAGUUAGUCAGAGGGAUGGUGUGUUCCAUUAAUGUCAGAUACAUUGUUUCUGGCAUUUGGGGCUGCUGCUGCCUCCACCGCGAGAAUGCAAAUACUGCAUCUUGAUAGUUUUCUCUGCUUAUCCAGUGGCAAAAGGGACAGCCCAUAAAUCACCGAGCAUAAAAUAUAAAUUUUGACUUUUA